GAUAAAUUGGUAUUAGGCUGAUUAACUAGAAGGUGGAAUAAAAUUCCUCCAUCAACUAUUUAGUCCCAGUCAAAUGUUUUGGAAGAAGAGUUAGUUGGAAGAUUACAAGCCCAGCAAAUGUUUAGGGAGGAGAACAAGGAAAGGGAAGUUCUCAGGAGAAGAACAAAAUAGCCUAUCUCCAGUGACUAAACUUCCAGCUAACACAACCCCGAGGCGAUCGGGGACUUAGCUGAGUCUGAAGAAGUCCAGCGACACCAACCGGCUCCUCCAGAGGACAGCAGAUGGGAAAGAAGAAAUUCACUGGAUUAGAAAUCUUCCUGAUCACUUUCUUUCUUAUGCUACUCAUCAUAACCAUCGCUUUGAUUGUACUUCUAGCAACAGGUUAUUCUGGUCUUAAAGCCUUUUCACCUACUUGUCCAGUUAUUCCUCUUCCUGAAAGAAUAGAUUGCAUCCCGGAUCAAGUGGCAACACAGGAUCUGUGUGUACUCCGUGGCUGUUGCUGGGAUCCUCAGAAUGAAACACAUGUACCUUGGUGCUACUUUUCAAAAAAUCAUGGGUACCAAGUUCAAGGAAAAAUGUCGGAUACAAAUUCAGGAUUUGAAGCUACUCUAAUAAGACUACCUUCCCCAUCCCUGUUUGGAAAUGAUAUUGAAAAGCUUCACUUCACUGCAGAAUACCAAACAGCAAAUCGAUUUCAUUUUAAGUUUACAGAUCCUGCCAACAAAGAUAGAUAUGAAGUCCCACAUGAAAACGUUCAACCUUUUCAGGGAUCUAAAGCAACCAAUUUAAUGUAUCGAAUAGAAGUCACAGACAAUCCUUUUGGAAUCAGUGUGAUCAGGAAUAGCAAUAAUAAAGUUCUCUUCAACACAAGUAUAGGACCUCUGAUAUAUGCCGACCAGUUCUUGCAGCUUUCCAUUAGAGUGCCUAGCUGGAAUGUUUAUGGGGUAGGAGAACAUGUACAUCGACAAUAUCGGCAUGAUUUUAACUGGAAAACAUGGCCUAUUUUUACCCGAGAUGCUUUUCCUAAUGGGGAUAUGAGCAACCUGUAUGGUGCUCAGACUUUCUUCUUAUGUCUGGAAGAUAAGAGUGGACACUCAUUUGGAGUGUUCCUUAUGAACAGCAAUGCCAUGGCAAUGCCAUGGUUGAUAGGACUUCCAUGGAUGCCUUCCUAUUGGAAUCUUGGCUUCCAUAUCUGUCGAUGGAAUUACACUGAUCUUAAUGAUGUGAAAGCUGUAGUAGAAAGGAAUCGAGCAGCUGGAAUACCUUAUGAUGUUCAAUAUACUGAUAUUGACUACAUGGAAGAUAAGAAAGAUUUUACUUAUGACAAGAUAAAUUUUGCAGGCCUCCCUGAAUUUGUCCAAGACCUUCAUGACCAUGGACAGAAAUAUGUCAUCAUACUGGAUCCAGCCAUUUCUGUCAAUAACCUCAUGAACAAUACCCCUUAUGAAGCCUAUCAUCGUGGUGAACAGAUGAAAGUGUGGAUAAAUGAAUCAGAUGGAAUAAGCCCUCUUAUUGGGGAAGUGUGGCCAGGAACAACUGUCUUCCCUGAUUUUUCUAGUCCUGAAGCUGUUCAGUGGUGGGUUAAUGAAUGCAAAAAUUUUCACAAAAUAAUCCAUUUUGAUGGACUUUGGAUUGACAUGAAUGAAGUAUCCAAUUUUGUCAAAGGAUCAAAAACUGGUUGUGCAACAAACAAUUUAAACUACCCACCUUUUACUCCAAAAAUUCUGGAUGGAGUUAUGUAUUCAAAGACACUUUGUAUGGAUGCCGUCCAAAGGGCAGGGAAACACUAUGAUGUUCACAGCCUCUAUGGAUAUUUCAUGUCUAUAGCUACUGAUAAAGCACUCAAGGCUAUUUUCCGUGAAAGUAGAAGCUUCCUCCUUUCCCGAUCAACAUUUUCUGGUUCUGGAAAAUUCACAGGACAUUGGCUGGGAGAUAAUUUUGCAACUUGGAAUGAUAUUAAAUGGUCUAUACCAGGAAUAUUAGAAUUUGGUCUAUUCGGAUAUCCUUUUAUUGGAGCAGAUAUUUGUGGCUUCAUUGAAAAUGUCUCAGAAGAACUUUGUAGACGAUGGUUGCAACUUGGAGCAUUUUAUCCAUUUUCUAGGAACCACAAUGCUGCCUCACAUGCCCCUAAAGAUCCAGCAUAUUUUGGACACAACUCACUUUUGGUGAAUUCAACAAAACACUACCUGACAAUACGUUAUACUUUGUUGCCAUAUCUCUAUACCCUGUUUUAUAAAGCACAUGCUCGGGGAGAGACAGUUGCAAGACCUGUUCUACAUGAAUUCUACUCUGAUGAAGCCACCUGGACUAUAGACAGACAAUUCUUGUGGGGACCUGGACUACUUAUUACUCCAGUCUUAGAUCCGGGUGUUGAUAAGGUAACAGCAUACAUCCCUGAUGCUGUGUGGUAUGAAUAUGAGACGGGUAUGAAAGCACCUUGCAGAAAACAAGAGUGUCAAAUGUUCCUUCCAGAAAACAAACUUGGACUUCAUCUUAGAGGAGGAUACAUCUUUCCUAUUCAAGAACCAGCCAACACAACUGUUUACAGCCGUACAAAGCCUAUGGGACUUAUAAUUGCUUUAGAUGAGAAUGGAGAAGCAACUGGAGACUUAUUCUGGGACGAUGGAAUAACAAGAGAUACAGUCAGAAAUGAAAAGUAUCUCUUAUAUAACUUUGCUGUCACAAAUAAAGUCUUAACUAUGGCAGUUAUACAUAAAGGCUACAUAGAUCCAAAUAAUCUGAUAUUUGAGAACAUCAAGAUUCUUGGGCUACCCCUUGAGCCUUCAGAUGUGAAAGUGACCUCAAACAACGUGGUUCAAUCAUAUAAUUUGACUGUCAAGUACAAUGCUGCAGACAAGGUUGCUCACAUAACUGGUCUUCAUCUUAAAUUGGGGGAAGAGCAUAGAAUAUCCUGGAAGCAGACUUUAAGAGAUAUUGACAGAUUUGAUUGUCAUCCUGAAGAACAUGCAUCAAAAGAAAAAUGUGAAGCUCUUGGCUGCAUAUGGAAACCUUCUCCUGUUGCUGACGUUCCAUACUGUUAUUAUCCUCCUGACAAUGGUUACACAGUUGACCAAAUUGAAUAUACAUCAUCUGGUUUAACAGCCAAUCUUGGUGGAAACAUUGAUUCUAUUAGACUUUCAGGACGGCAAAUCCCCCUCAUUGACAAACUUCGUUUGGAAGUAAAAUAUCAUGACAAUAACUUGCUUCAAUUUAAGAUUUAUGAUUAUAGUAAAAAGAGAUUUGAAGUUCCAGUGCCUCUGAAUCUUCCGCAAACACCUGUAAGUACUUUGGGAAACCGUCUCUAUGAAGUGUCAAUUCAGAACCACCCAUUCGGAAUUCAAGUUCGGCGCAAAAGCACUGGGACAGUCCUAUGGGAUUCCCAGUUACCUGGCUUCACCUUCAGUGAUAUGUUCAUUCAGAUUUCAACUCGCCUACCUUCACAGUUUGUAUAUGGGUUUGGGGAAACAGAGCAUAAACAAUUCCGGCAUGAAAUGAAUUGGAAAACCUGGCCAAUGUUUGCAAGGGAUCAGCCUCCUGGAUAUAAAUUUAAUACUUAUGGAGUUCAACCUUUUUAUAUGGGCUUGGAAGAGGAUGGCAAUGCUCAUGGAGUCCUAUUGCUGAACAGUAAUGGAAUGGAGGUAAAAUUCCAGCCGACUCCUGCUUUAACCUACCGUACCAUUGGAGGAAUUUUGGACUUUUAUAUGGUUUUGGGCCCAACUCCAGAACAAGUCAUUCAAGAAUAUACUGCACUUGUUGGACGUCCAGUUUUACCUCCAUAUUGGGGUUUGGGAUUCCAGUUGUGUCGAUAUGGAUACAAAGACGAUGCAGAAAUAUCUGAAUUGUAUGAUACCAUGAAAGCAGCUAAUAUCUCAUAUGAUGUACAAUAUGCUGAUAUUGACUACAUGGAACGGCAGUUGGAUUUCACUCUAAGUCCCAAUUUUAUAAAUCUUCCAGCUCUGAUUAACAGAAUAAAAAAGGAUGGAAUGAGAUUUGUCAUCAUUUUGGAUCCAGCCAUCUCAGGAAAUGAAAUUAAUUAUCCUGCUUUCACUAGAGGACUUCAGGAUGAUGUUUUCAUUAAGUGGCCUAAUAGCAGUGAUAUUGUGUGGGGAAAGGUAUGGCCAUAUCUUCCUAAUAUUACUAUAAAUUCAUCACUCAGCUGGGAUGAGAAAGUGGAACUUUACAGUGCUUGGACUGCUUUCCCAGAUUUUUUUCGGAAAUCUACAGCUCAGUGGUGGAAAAAAGAAAUUGAAGAAGUUUAUAAUAACCCCACCAAUCAAUCACAAAGCAUCAAGUUUGAUGGCCUGUGGAUUGAUAUGAAUGAACCUGCAAGUUUUGUCAAUGGUGCAGUUACUGGUUGUAGGAGCUCUGAAUUAAAUAAUCCAAUAUAUAUGCCAGCCAUUCUGGGAAAACAUGUGGGACUAAAUGAGAAAACCAUAUGUAUGGAAAGUGAACAAAUUCUGCCUGAUGGAAGCCCGGUUCGACAUUAUGAUGUCCACAAUUUAUAUGGGUGGUCACAAACUAAGCCUACCUAUGAGGCUCUGCAUAGUAUUACAGGGGAACGUGGCAUUGUCAUUUCUCGUUCAACAUAUCCAUCGAGUGGCAAAUGGGCAGGGCAUUGGUUAGGUGAUAACGUUUCAAAAUGGGACCAACUUUACAAAUCCAUAAUUGGUAUGAUGGAAUUUAGCCUUUUUGGAAUAUCCUACACUGGGGCAGAUAUCUGUGGCUUCAAUGACAAUACAACAUAUGAAAUGUGUGCUCGUUGGAUGCAGUUGGGUGCCUUUUAUCCAUAUUCCAGAAAUCAUAAUGGCAUUGGAUUUAUAAGGCAAGAUCCUGUAGCUUUUAAUAAGGAAUUUGAAGACAUAUCCAGGAACGUGCUCAAUACCAGAUACACUUUGCUUCCAUAUCUGUACACACUGAUGUAUGAUGCCCAUGCCCAUGGUAGCACUGUUGUGCGCCCUUUACUUCAUGAAUUUACAGAUGAUAAAGCAACAUGGAGUAUACAUGAGCAGUUUCUCUGGGGACCUGCAUUGCUCAUUAGUCCUGCACUACAUGAAAACGUUACAGAAGUGGAAGCUUACUUUCCAGAUGCCCGCUGGUAUGAUUAUUACACAGAAGAAAACAUCAACACAAGGCAACAGCCAAGAAGAUUACCAACUCCUCUUGAUCACAUCAACCUUCAUCUCAGAGGUGGCUAUAUUAUCCCAUGGCAGCUACCUGGUUUAAACACCAACACCAGUCGAAAAAAUUUAAUGGGACUUACAGUUGCUUUAGAUGAUAAUGGAGCUGCUCAAGGACUUCUUUACUGGGAUGAUGGAACAAUGAUUGAUGCAUAUGAGAAAGGACUUUACCUCCUACACACGUUUAAUGUCAGUCAGAAUGUCUUGGAUAUCAGGAUUGCCCAUCAAGGAUAUUUUGACCCAAAUAACUUAAAGUUUGGUGAAGUAAAAGUCUUAGGGGCCCAAUUCAACUCUUCUCCAAGUGUGGUUGUACUUCAGAAUAAUGCAAUCAUUCCAUCUCCUCACAAAGUGAUGUAUAACUCUACAAAUCAGGCAAUGCAUAUUACAGAUCUUCACCUUUUCCUGGGCCAAGCUUAUGCACUGCGAUGGAACUAGCAUCUCUUAUAUGACACAGAGAAACACUUUUGUCAGCUGUACUUAUCACAAGUUUAUCAUUCUUAAAGAUGAGCAAGAGUUCAACUUUUUAUGCUUUCAGAAUACAACUAUUCUGGAAAACAGUGAUAACCAUAGAGUGACUCCAUUACUGAGUAGAUUUGACUUUCAAUAAUUAUGUUUCAAUAAUCAAAGGGCAGAAGUCUAGACUUCAUGCAAGAUUCAUCCAUAGUGUAACUUGUUCACCCCAAUGCUGACAAAAUUUUGAUAUAUUGCACCUCAAUGUCAACUUUAAUAUUUGCAUAAAUGGUUCAUUGCAAUUUCAGUUUAGCACUUUAAAAUGUAUGAAAAUCCUUGUGAGUUUUAAAUGAUCUUCUCACUGAAGACUCCAAUAAUAGGUUAUUUCCAAAUAGAAAAAAAAAAGGUUUUCUGAAUGGAAAACCAAUUUAUGUUCUAUAUCUGUUAAUGGUGCAUUAGAAGUGCCAGUCUUUGCAUUAGGCAUAACCUGGUAUAUUCAUUGUCAUAAGGUCUUGUGAAUGACUGCUAUUGGACUGUAUUAUUGUAAUUUGAGUAAAAGUCAAUAUUGGAACCAGAGCUCUUUUCUUAUAUUAUUUUUCAUUAAAUACAUUAUAUGAGUAAGAUUUGAAGGUUCAGGUAAGCCUUAACAGCUUAUUCCUGAAGAGAUCUGUUAUUCCAUCAUUUGCUCAGCUGUUAAAGAACCACUCAGUUAAUUUUUUUGGUCAAAUAUUUCAUUUUGGAUAAAAAAACAAACCACUUUUAAAUUUUAUGACUGCAUAUGGGAAGUAAACAUUAGGGAACUGAUAAAAGGAUUAAGGGAAUUGCUCCUUAUGUCAGUAGAUAGCUGAGGAUGCCUCCAUGUAUAUUUGAAUUCAAUGGAACUUAGUUCCACAUAAUUAAAAUUCAAUUCUUCACACACCUAUCUGGAAGAAAAUCCUGAUAAGCUGAGAAUAACUUUUGAAAAAUGCAUUUGGCUUGUCUUUAAGAUACUGUUUUAUGUCAUACAUUUAUUUUUUUCUUGGCUUAUCAAUAAAGUAAUUCCUAUCAUUUUACUGUUUGUGUGUGAUAAGAGCUGAAUUUAAAUAUCUUUUGGUUUAGCUGAUUUUGAAGGGAGAAGUUGGAAUGCUUCCUUUAAUUAUGUCAUUAAAAUCAAAUUGGUUUAUAUUUUGCAACUGCAAUUAAAUGUAAAACUAUUUAAUUUGCUUUUGGAAAUUACUUUGAUAUAGUUUUUAUUAAUGCUAUGUUCUGGUGGAUUGACUGAAUUUUGAUAUUACUAAUUUUAAUAUUUUAAGAUAUUGGCAGACCACUUUGAAUGGAGCAACAACUAGGUGUAUUUAAGAAUUAUUAAAUGAAUAAAUACGUAGAAAAAGUGAUUUUUGUGGAAUUAUGCCUGGAUUGCCAUGAAGAAAAGUUCAGACACUCUAUGAAUCAAAAUAAACAUUCGUAAAUCAUUAGCAAAUAGAAAUAAGGCUAUAAUAUGAAUUAGCAUUAUCUAUGCACACACACACACAUUUAAGGGGGACACUUUGUACCAAAGCUAUAAUGAGAAGAUUAUAAAUAUGAUCCUUGGAAGAAUGAUUGGUAAAGUCUUAUUGGUACAUUUCUGGCACAUGGAAUAAAGGAACAAGAGGGGGGGAAUGUCUAAGUAAAUAGAGACAGAGUUUUAGAACAGUGUAAACUCAUAAGGUUAUUGAUUUUGAUUAUUAAAAGUAAUAUGGUUACUGGCAAUAUUUGAUAUUUGAUAUGAAUUAAAACUAUCUAAAACAGAAAAAGGUUUCCUUUCUUUGAGAAACUUAUUUGACCCAUUAAUAAUAGUAUUAUCUGAAAUGCCCUUCAGUGUUGUCCAAGCCCGAGAUUGGGCAAAGUUGAAAUCAGCCACCUAAGAACUCAAUACCGGGCCAGUCCCUCCUUCCCAACCCAUUCCACCCCAC